AUCGGUGACGUAAUUAAUGAUGGGCGGCAGACAGACGGAUGAAUGGGUGGCACCGGCUUGCCGUUCCUCGGCAAUCGCACGCAUGUUAAAUGUAUGCAGGUGGACGGACGGGUUCUCGUUUGAACAUGGGGCAACUGCAUGCACCGGAAAACGACGCGGGCGAUGCUCCCAAUCGUCGCGAUGUUUCAAUGCCUGAGCGCUUUGAGAGGUCGCGUCGCUCUGAGCCGCCAUUAAUACGGCACUCGUGCUCCAGAGUGGUGCUGCUGACCUUUUCCGACGGGAACACGCGCGGGCGUGGGUGAUUUUUUUUUAAUUAGUCAGGGCAGUCAAAAAUGAACGUGACAGUGAUUCGACGGAACUGCGUUGGAUGACAAAACACAUUCAAAUCGUGCGGUCCGGACGGUACGAGAGUCGGCGAAAUGCCUUACGAAUAGCAUUGCUCCGGAGCAAUGAUGUGGUUGUCGACUCGUCGGCUUGUGGCGGAAGUUGGCACAUAAUUUGUACCGCGCUGCUCGAAUUGGAAACUACAACGUUGCCCGGAUUGGGCCCGGGCAAAGUUGCAGCUAGCUACUGUAGCUAGCUAGCUCUAGCGUCCACGUGAAGCCCUUCGGCCUCCUGUGCAUACGCUGGCCCACGUUACUUACAGCGUUGCAUUAUUGGUACGUGCUCCGCCGUGCAACGGCAAUGGUGACGACGGCGAUUCUAUAUUUAGCCAUGUGCCUCACGCAAGCACGCACGCACUCAUCUGCAGGAGCCGCAUGCGACGACGCUAGAGCUAGCCAGAAAGAGCGGUGCCACAUCGAUGGCGGCGGGCGGCGUGUGGGUGUUCCGGAAGGACGGGGUGAUGGAGCUGGAGCGGGAGGCGUCGAGCCGGAAGGCGCUGGUGUACGUGCCGGCGAACGAGACGAUGCGCUCCCUGCGGGCGCUGGAGCGGCGGCUGGGGUCGCUGGGAUGGGAGCGCUACUACGAGGACCGCGCCGUCGUGCAGCUCCACCGCCGCGACGGCAGCCUCGACCUCAUCUCGCUCCCGCGAGACUUCGCGCGGUUCCGCUCCGUCCACAUGUACGACGUCGUCGUCAAGAACCGAGGCCACUUCAAGGUCGUCGACCUCUAAGCGUGCGUCUCGCUCUCGCCGGCCAGUCAAGCUUGCAAGGUGUGUGUUAAACACUGUACUACGUGUGAUCGAUCAUUAGACAUUUGCGUCUGUGUGUCAUUUGUUGUACGUGUGAUUGAUCGUUGUGCGUGUGACACAAAUGUAUGCCUUGUACUGUUUGGCGUUUCCGUGUUCGUACGCCUAAGCUAAUCGUGUGGCUUAUGUGUGUCCCGUUUUUGUCUUUUCGCUAGCCACCGAAUUAAGAUUCCAGGAUUGCCAGUGUGUGCUACUCCUAUUGACUGGAGCUCCGUAAGAGUAGUACUAAUAUUCUUCAUGCUCAUAACAAGUUACACUGAUUUUGACCUAAUAUCCAAGAAAAUACAAAGUAACUUCCGUGACUAAGAAUUACAAUAAAAUAUCUUGAAACACCUUUCUUCGCGGUAUCAAUCUCUGCUCAAAGGAAUACUCCAAAGAUUUUG